ACGCACACCAUUCCUUUUUUUUUCUGAUACUUUCGUACUAGGUGCGUCGUGUUGGUUGAACACAUGGAGAUGGGUCAAUCGGGAAAUGGCGGCGGCAGGGCGGUCACCUUCGACGACGCGGUGGCCGGGAGGCCCCGGAACGGCUCCCUCUCGUCGUACCUUGAUGCCGGCAACAAGGAUGCCGAGGCCGGCCGUGCCGCGCGGCCGUUGCCGGCCCACGGCGGCAUGGGGAGCCGGCGCCGCACGUACGCUGACGGCGAGCUCGACGUGUUCGCCGCCGAGCGCUACUUCAAGGGCGCAAUGGACGGCGACGGUGGUGACUGCAAGGGGGCCGUCGCCGCCGCGGCGGCGCCACCGGUGGAGCCAUCCGCUGCGAGGCCGGCGGAGGCCGUGGUGGUGGUGGCCAGGCCGUCCUCGACGCGCGCGUCGACGGUGAGAGUGACCGCGAGCUCGGCGUCCAGUGCCAACAGCCAGACGGCGCUCUUCCGCGGCGGCCACCGGUGGCGCGGCUCCCCCGACAAGAAGUGCUGCGUCCAGGUCGGCGUGUUCAUGCGCACGUGCUCCGGGAAGCGGUCGGUGCGCGUCGACGACGGCGGCGCCACCAAGGAAGUCCGCGAGGCCGGCGAGCCGGCGGCGAGCAGGAUCGACUGGUACAGAGAGCUGAGGAUGCAGAAGGCCGCCCUUGGGCUCGCCGGGGACGACGGCAACAGCCGUGGCCUGGUGGCCGCCGGUCUCCCGCCGAGUUUGAAUCUUGGCACGGCGAAAGUGGCAGCCAUCGGGAGGGAGAUGACACGGGAGGAGAAGGCGGCCGAGCUCUCCUGCUCAAGCUCUACGAGGAGGAGCUUCGCUCUCGUGGCUCCGGUCGUCCGAGGCAACGUGCCGGCGACCGGCCGCGUCGGCGACGGUGGCGGAGCAGCAGCAGGCAAAGGUGGCGACCACGACGACGACGACGGCGCCGGGAGCGAGUCGAGCUCGGACCUGUUCGAGAUCAAGAGCUUGAUGAUCGACGACUGCCCCUACGAGCCGAGCGAGGCGAGCAUCCAGUGGAGCGUGGUGACCGCGGACGCGUCGGAGCAGCGCGGCGACCGCGCCUCCGCCAGAUGGGGUGGCGGCGGCGGCGGUGGUGGCAGGGGUCCUGUCGCCGGGAGGCAGCACCGGCCGGUCGGGCUGCUGGCGGGGUGCGCCAGCCACAGGGCCGUGGACGUGUCGACGGCGUCAAAGGCCACCGCGGCGAUGCAUCAGCGCGUUGAUGCGUCUCAGAAGGCACGGAAUGGAGCCUGACGAUCCUUUGUUUUGCCUCCCGCUUCUGUGUGGAUUCAAUUCAAGCCACUGUAAACCAUCUUGGACGGUAUCUUGGGGAGAGUUUUUAUUUUCUUUUUACUUAAUUUGAUUGAUACUACCGUGUACUCAGUAUCAAUGUUGAAUUUGUGUGAGCAUCAAUGUGCAGGUAGGAUAAAAAGGGUUAUUACCAUGUAGCGUCAAAUGCUUGAUUAGACAGUUGCAGCGUCUCAGGUGUGCUUUGCACAUGCAAGUACCACACCUAUUUGAUAGAACAUGCAGGAGUCCAAGCAUCUGGAAAAUAUGGUGUGAGAAAAAAAAUGCCUUUAUGCUCUGCAUGAA